GGAUGAAGGGUUGCUCUCCAGCAGCCGAUGAGGAAAGGGCGUCGAUGGUGCCUCUGCCUUCUCCAGCUGGGGAUGAGAUCGUCGACAAAGAUCUGGCGGCGAUGCACACCAAGCCGUGCUGGACGACGACGGCAAGGGGCCGCGUUGGAGUGGCCAUGGCCAUCUUUGUGCUUCUUGCUUUGCUAUUGGGGACCAAAUGGAUCCAACUCGACGCAGCUUACUACACGUUCUCGCCGGCGGGCACUGGGUUCAGUCAGCACGGACGCGGCCACUCAUCGACAGCGCCGCUGAUACCCAUACCAUUGAGCUGCAGCAACGACACCGACACGUCGUCGUCGACAACGGCACCGUCCUCAUCAUCUAGCAAACGGCGGUACUAUCCCGGCGUGCGGCCGCCUUGGUGCCCGGACUACUUCCGCCACAUCCACACGGACAUGGAGCCGUGGCGCGCGACGGGGAUCACGCGGGACGCGGUGGAGCGCGCCCAGCCCCACGCCCAGUUCCGGCUGGUGGUGGUGGGCGGGCGCGCCUACGUGGAGAAGUACCGCGAGUCGUUCCAGACCCGGGACGUCUUCACGCAGUGGGGCAUCCUGCAGCUGCUCGCCCGCUACCCGGGCCGCGUCCCGGACGUCGACAUCAUGUUCAGCACCUUGGACUCGCCCAGGGUGCUCGCCGCCGACUACCCUUCGCCGUCCGCCGCGCCGCCGCUCUUCCGGUACUGCAAGGAGGAGUCGCGGGAGCUGGCCGUCCUCUUCCCCGACUGGUCCUUCUGGGGCUGGCCGGAGGUGAACGUCCGCCCGUGGGCGCCGCUCAUGGAGGAGCUCGUCCGGGAGAACGCGCGCCUCCCGUGGCCCGAGAGGGAGCCCUACGCGUUCUGGAAGGGCAACCGCGACGUGUCGGAGGUGCGACAGGACCUGUUCCGGUGCAACAACGACUCCGCCGCCGGCAAGGAGUGGAACGCGCGGCUGUUCAAGCAGGACUGGGACGCCGCCGGCCGGAACGGGUUCCGGGACUCGGACGUGGCGAAGCAGUGCCGGCACAGGUACAAGAUCUACGUGCAGGGGCACACGUGGUCGGUCAGCGAGAAGUACAUCCUCGCGUGCGACUCGCCGAUGCUCGCCAUUGACACGCCCUUCAGGGACUUCUUCUCGCGGGGGCUCGUCGCCGGCAAGCACUACUGGCCCAUCGACCCGGCCAACAAGUGCCGUGCCGUCAAGUUCGCCGUCGACUGGGGCAACGCCCACCCGGCGCAGGCGCGGCGCAUGGGCGGGGAAGGUAGCGGGUUCACGAGGGAGGAGAUGGGCAUGGACUACGUGUAUGAGUACAUGCUGAGCGUGUUGACGCGGUACAGCGCCCUGCUCCGGUACAAGCCCGCCGUGCCGGAGAAGGCCGUGGAGGUCAGCCUCGAGUCCAUGGCCUGCCCCAGGCGCGGCCGCGAGAGAGAGUUCAUGAUGGAGUCCAGGGAGAAAUACGUGGCCGUGGACGAGCCAUGCACGAUGCCGCCGCCGUUCACGGUCGACGAAGUCAGGGAAAUGGCCGUGAGGGACGAGCAGGUGCGAAGCAAACUACUACAGAUGGUGCCACAUUAGCUAUGCGCGCCUCCUCAUGCUAAGCCUCUACCGUGGUGCGAGACGGGGAGAUUCAAGAAGAAGAUAAAAUAUGACAUGUAGGCAAAAUCUUCGCUUGGCUUACAGUGCAAUAUCGUUUGUGGACUUCGGACUGGAGGGCAAGGAAUGGGCUAUAAGACGAUCCUUCACCUUGUUACACAUGCUUGCAGGAGGAAGAUAACAUGGACCAUAUCCUUACCCAAUGCCCGUACGCUCAAGAAGUUUGGCUGCUUCGAGGCCUUGCACAUCAACAUUCUACCGCCCACUCAGACAGAGUCUUUCACAGAAUGGUGGCUCGGCAAGAGAAGAAACUUCACAGACAGAAUUAAGCGUGGUUUCGAUUCCUACAUGAUUGCGACUGCUUGGUCGUUGUGGAAGCAACGGAACGCCUGGGUGUUUCAUAGAUUGCACGAACACAGGUCACCACCGCAGUUGGCUGACCAGGUGUUGCUCGAGGUGAAGGAUUGAAGGAUAGCUGGCUUUGGUGUAGGAGGUUUAGAUCCUUUUGUGAGAGAGUGACUUAGUGCGCUCUUGUUGGUGUGGGUGUGGGGUCCCUACCAACCAGAUGUUCGCAUCUCGGCUUGGUAUCUUGUAAAUAUUUCUUUCCGCCUUCUAUAAAAAUAUGGUACGCCAUUGGCGUACCCUCGAAAAA